AUGGCGGUAGACGCGGAAUUAUUUUACGGAAAGCGGAAGAGCGAGAAACCUAUAUUCGAAAUAAACAUAGAAAAAUACGGAAUACUGAAAAGACUAAAACGGUUCGAUCAGUCUGUUUCGCAGGGUGUAAAGAAAAGGUCGUUUUACAAACAACACGAGGCCCUUUCGCAUUACGCCCAGUUGAUUGAAAUAGAUUCAGACGUGAAGGCAGAUACUGAUGUGGAGGCGGAGGAAGGGGCAUCUAGAAGUAGGAACGCCUAUUCCAACGGACAAGGAAUAAUUAUAUACACGGAAGAGAUAGAGAACGCUAAGAGAUGCUUCGUACUGGAUAGUCUGUACCACUUCCUGAAAUUCUACUGCUUCUACGCGUUGUCGUUGGAAGAUAUAUACUUCGAUGAUGGGGGGAUAAGCGACGGGAAAGCAAACAAAAUGCCCUUAUGCAAAUCGUCUUCAUGCAAAUCAUCGCCAUGCAAAUCAUCGCCAAACAAAGCGCUCACAGGGGGGCCCCCACCAAAUGACCAGCCGAUGCAUCUCUACGAACUUAUUUUAACGAACGAAAAACGGUGGCUCUUCUUCGACCUAGAGUACGACGUGCUAAAUGGACACCAAAAUAAGGAUUGCGUGUUGUUCAUAUUCCUCAUCGAGCUGUGCCUGUUUGUAUACGCCAACUUCGAUGUAAAAAUUUGCCUAAACGAUGCCAUCAUUUUAGAUAGCUCCACUAGCGAAAAAAUAUCUUUCCAUGUAAUUGUAAAAAAUAUUCAUUCACUUCAAGAUGAUGAUAAUUAUUACGAAUAUUUAAAAGAUUAUUGUUACUUUUUUCAAAAUCGCCUGAACAAGUCAGGUGAUUUUUUUUACGACAAGUACAAGAAAAGGCAAACUAAGUUGAAUGCACAAAUGAAGCAGAAAAAACUUCUCCUCUUUGACAACGAAAAUUGCAUAAAAUAUUUUGUCGACCUGUUUAUAAAUUAUAUCGCGGAGGCCAUACAGGAAAACGAAGAUGCUUGUGUCAUUAAUUUGUCUACUGUUUAUAUAAGGCGUGAAAAGGAAUCUCCUCUUCUCAGUGAAGACAACGCAAACUUCUCUUCCCUUGAACAUAGUAAAGUGAGAGACAAAACAAACGAUACCCACGAUGAAAGCAUCACUUCAGGAAAGGACAACACCACCUGCUGUAACUCCAAAGGGAGUUCUCCAAAUUUAUCUGAGCCACACGGGGAUCAUCAUAAGGGCACUUCUCUCAACCCUGAUUCGCAGGACGAAAGGAGCGAACCGAGCGAACACCCCGUUGAGGAGAAAACCCCGUUUGACCUGAUAAACGACUUCAGCGAGAUACACGAUUUGUUGAUGGCCAUCAAUGAGGGGCAGAUUCCUGCAAAUGAUAUGAGACCGGCCAUUGGAGGCAUAAUCCCCGGUGAUCAGAGUAACACCCUCUGUGGAAUGGCACCCACGAGGGAAGGAAACAAAGAGAGCAAUGCAAAAGAAAAAAAAAAAAACAGUUCCUACUUCUCCAUGUACACUAAAUCAUUAAACGAUAUAGUGGAAAGUUAUGUUAACAAAUUAGAAAAUGCAAAAGGAAAUAAUUGUUUUGACAGAGCAGAUGAAAAUUUUCUCAUUCUUCUUUUUGCAAUGAAGAGGGAAGAGAGUGUAGACAAAUCGCUUGAAGAGAGUAUCUUCCAUAUGGACAAGAAAAACGGUGAGUCAAAUCCCCAGAAGGACACUCCAGGUGUAGUGGACACUGAGUGUAUUACCCCAUGUGAAGAGAGAAAAAUUCACGUCCAUGUACAAAAGGAGGAAAUUUUCCAAAUGGAUAAAAAAAAAAAUGGUGAUCAAGAAAUGGUACUGCUCAAAUGUAUUGUGGAUAACUCUGUGUAUAGCAGGAAUAGGAACUUCCGUAUGAUAUUUUCGAGCAAAAAGAAAAAAAAAAAUAACAAAAAAUUGAUGCUUAGCAGGUAUAAUGUUAAGAGAUAUAGUAAAGCGAACGUAGACCAUUUGAUAUUAAAAAGUUUGGUAACCUUUUAUCAGGAGGAUGAUGUGAAUUGUCAAAUAGGGGAAGACGUAAUUUUUAAGAGGGAUCACAUGAACAAGUUUAAAGAAUCACAUGGACACCUGCUCGGGCAGAUGAACAACCCGAUGUGCGCCUCCCCCCAUUUCACUUUUUCCAGGUUCAGCAAUGGAAAUGCCAAAAGACCGCGCAAGGAAACAACGUUCACCAGUACAGAUCUGUACGUACACAGAAGCAUUCAAAUGGACGACAUUAAUCAUGCCCACGUGCACACCAUUUUAAAAAUUAUUUUCUUCUGGAAUUUUGAAUUAUAUAAAAGUUUUAAAAAAAAUAAAAUAUAUCUAGACAAAUUUCAAGGAGAAAUUAGCAAGGAAUAUUUUUACAGAAUUGUCUCCAUCCAUAAUAAGCUACAGUACGAUCUCUACAGCCAUGACACGAGCGAUGGGCAAGCCGCCACAUCGGAGGAGUAUUCUUCCAUGGAAAUGGCAUUAACCCAUGAAAUAGACAAAAGAAAUAGCACAUCAAAAGACAUACAAAAGGAUGGACAUGUGUUCCCUUUCCGAAAAGGAAUAACCACACCACAGUUUUCCAAAAACUUAGAUACAUAUGAUCAUUUAUUUUUAAAAAAUGCGCAAUUCUAUUCGUACGUUUUGGAUGAAUAUACAAAAUGCACACAGAUAAAAAAAGAAAAAAAUUUCUCCCUCCUUUUGCUCAUAAAAUAUUUUAUAUCUUCUAUCACAUGCAACACGGAGGAGUACAUUCUCCAUUUCAGGGAAAACAAAUUUUGUAAAAAUAAAAAUCGUGCACACAAAUCGAAUCACAUAUAUAUUGUUUUUAACCAUCUGAAAAAUUUGUUUGUGCAGAAAUGCCACGACAGUGAAUGCUCCCACUUCGUUUCUGAGAUUUAUUACCUGUAG